AUGAGGGAUACACAGGAAUACGCGGAGUACAAAGAACAAAGAAACGGGCUGCUUCUACAGAGUGUGAUUUUCCUACAUGCCAGUGGUUUAUCUAUUCGGAAAAUUGUGGAAAAAUUAUCUGAGCUACAGAAACCACUCAGUAAGAGCACGGUUGAAAGGAUCAUCAAGAAAAAUCGAGCCCGACUAUGCGCGAGCCCUCCAGAGACGAAAAAAUUGCCACCGCAGAACGAGCCUACAGUGUGCAUCCAGAAGAACAUCCGGAAAGUGUCCAAGUUGAUUGAUUCUCCGAAUCCUCCUUCUAUUCGGGAGAAGGGGAGACGUUUACGGAUCUCUGCUAGAUCUGUGAGCCGAAUUUUGGCCAAGAAUUUGGACGCGAAGUUGCUGAAAAAGAAGAAGGUCCACGCGCUGUCGGCGACCCAAGCUGUACAACGGGCCCAGCGCGCCAGGACGUUUUUGAGGUAUUUAUCGCGACGAAAACUGAAGUUUCUUUUAACAAUGGACGAGAUGUGGAUUACUACUGAUGAUUUAUCCGGGCAGACAGACUACUACUACAAGCGGAAAAAUGUUGUCGUUCCUGAAAGUUGGCAAAAGUUGCCCCGCAAAAACUGGCCCAAAAAAGUGAUGCUGGCAAUGGGCAUCUCCUGGCGCGGUCAGACUGCAAUGUACGUCGUUCCCCCUGAGACCAAAGUUGAUCACAAGGUAUUUAUCGACCUUGUCCUGAAGCCAAUGAUCCGAAAAGACGUACCGCGGCUAUACGGAUCGGACGCCAAGAAAGUGGUCCUGCACAUGGACAGUGCACUGCCUACUUUCAAAUUGCUUAAUUUGAUUUUUAAUUUUGUGCAUCUGAAAAGAUUAAUAAACUCGGAAAAUAAUCAAAAGUUCACCGAUUAUUCUUUUUUCGAGAACUUAGCGAAUCCAGGAUUCCCAACUGCCAGUUAG